CCCUUCACUCUGUUUUCUCCUCCGUCUCUUCCCUUUUUUCCAUCAAUCCUUCACCCAAAAUUUUCCCGGAAACAUCUCGAACCCAUCGCCGUCGCUGUCGCCAAGAGCUUGUGGUUACUCCAAUGGAAGAUGGGUUUGGGAUGAGACUUAUCCAUUCCACUCUUACGCCGAGAAUUGCCCCUUCGCUGAUACUGGAUUCCGGUGCGCCCAAAAUGGUCGGAAUGAUGACGGUUACCGAAGCGGUAGCGGCAGACGGACGGCUCCGAUAUCCCGAGAGGUUACUAUUUCCAAGAAGAGGAGAGAUUGAAUAUGGAUGUAAUGGAAGCAUUUCGUGGGUCGCUACAGACAUCGAAGCGUUGGGUGGAGGAACAUUUGGAUCCAAACUGAACUUGAGUUUUCUUUCGAAGGCAUUCUCCUGUUCAUUAAGGGUAAAUUAUAGUCAUGUUCAUGAUGAGCCUAGAUGACUGAAUUUUGCUGGAGGGAGCAGUCA